GUGGAACCAGAAGAAAAAGGUGUUGCUAUCAAAAAUCACGAAGCCUACAAAGGUUCAGUUAGAAAUUUGGAAAAUACUAUUAUGAAAAAAGAUAGUGAUAUAUCUGUUUCGCAAAGAGACUAUGCUGCUAAA